AUGGAGGAGCUGGAGACUCCUGACCCCACGGCUCUGGAGCGGCUGCGCUUCACCCACACGGCCUUGCAGCGACUCCCCGUAGACGAGCACUCAGACCGGGCAGGCUCCAGGACAGUCUCCAGGGCGUGCUUGUCCCUCCUCCGCGGUCUACAGCCUCUGCCCCGGCCCGAGCUGGUAGCGGUGUCCGGGUCUGCCUUAGAGCUGCUCGGUCUGACCUCGCAGCAGGUGCUCAGUGACCCUGGAGCCGCGGAGUAUCUCAGCGGGUCACGACUUCUGCCCGGAGCAAAGCUGGUGGCACACUGCUACAGCGGGCAUCAGUUUGGGCAGUUUGCUGGGCAGCUUGGAGACGGAGCCGUCGUGUGUUUAGGAGAAGUCCAGGAGAAAGACCAGAGCUGGGAGAUACAACUGAAGGGAGCAGGGACCACACCGUACUCCAGAGACGGGGACGGGAGGAAGGGUCUCCGCUCCAGUGUGCGUGAGUUCUUGUGCAGUGAAGCCAUGGCCGCUCUGGGCGUCCCCACCACCCGCGCCGCCUCCGUCGUGACCUCUGACCUCCGCGUUCACAGGGACCCAAACAAAGACGGCCGCCGUGUGUCCGAACGCUGCGCCGUCGUCAUGAGAGUCGCUCCGUCCUUUCUAAGGUUUGGUUCUUUUGAGAUCUUUCUUCCUCGUGACGAGUUCUCAGGUCUUGAAGGUCCCAGUGCCGGUCUUUAUGAACUCCGAGCUCAGCUUUUGGAUUACGUCAUUGAACAAUUUUACCCCGAAAUUCACCGAAUCGGAGACCGCAAACAGAGGAACAUGGCUUUCUUCAGAGAGGUGGUGGAGCGGACUGCGCGCCUCGUGGCUCAGUGGCAGAGUCUGGGCUUCUGUCACGGAGUUAACACAGACAACAUGAGCAUCCUCGGACUCACGCUGGACUAUGGGCCCUUCGCUUUCAUGGACAGGUAUGACCCAGACUUCGUGUCCAAUGCUUCGGACACCAGGGGGCGCUACUCGUUCUCGUCCCAGCCGUCCGUGUGUCAGUGGAACUUGGCUCGACUGGCUGAAGCUCUGGGGUCCGAGCUGAUUCCUCCAGAGGCAGGGGGCGUCCUGGAUGAGUUCAUGCCCAGGUACGAGGCUCUUUACCUGGAGAACAUGAGGAGGAAGCUGGGCCUGAGGAGAGACGAGCCGGAGGACGCAGAGCUGAUCUCAGACCUGCUGCAGCUCAUGCACAACACCGGAGCAGACUUCACCAAUACUUUCUGUUUGCUGAGCCUGGUGCCAUGGCCUGCACCAGAACAGAGUCAUGAGUACCCAAAGGAGACAGAGCACCCAGAGAAGACAGAGCACCCAGGGGAGACAGAGCACCCAGUGGUGGAGCAGAUUCUUCAGCAGUGCGCGUCCGUCCAAGAGCUGAAGGUGUUCAACCAGCCCACUAUGGACCAACGAGAAUUGGCCAUGAUUCUGUCCCUGGCGCAGUCAAACCCGAGCAUGUUUAUGCUGAUCGCCGAGCAGCCGGAGGUUUGUGCUCAGCUCCAGAGGAUGUGGAGACUGAGGGAGCUGCUUCAGACGGACGAUGAAGAGUUAAAGGAAAAACAACGAGAAGACUGGACUCGCUGGGUCCACAGAUACAGGAAGCGUCUGGCUCAAGAGCACAAGGGCACAGUGGAGGUGCCUGUUGUUAUGGAGGAGAGACUGAAGAUGAUGAAGAAGUCAAACCCUCGAGUGGUCCUCAGAAACUACCUGUGCCACAGAGCGGUUCAGGCGGCCGAGAGCGGAGACUACACAGAGGUGAAGAGGCUGCUGCACCUUCUGGAGGCUCCUUUCUCAGACUCUGGGGGGACAGACUGUUUUGGUCCUGACAGUAAACCUCCAUCCUGGGCUCAGAACGUACAGGUCACAUGA